UCCUGAAGAAUCAGUCCCACCCACAAAGAUGUGGGCUCAACUCCUUCUAGGAAUAUUGGCCCUAUGGCCAGCUGCGGCAGAGAAACUCCUCCCAAACUACCUGGUGACAUUACCUGCCCAGCUUGUGUUCCCCUCUACUCAGAAGGUUUGUUUGGAUCUGAGUCCUGGGUACGAUGCUGUAAAGUUCACUGUCACUCUGGAGACCAAGGACAGGAUCCUCACAUUGUUGCAACAGUCUGGACUGAAGACACGACACUUACAUUGCAGGUCCUUUUUGGUACCACUUCCUGCGGAUGGGAGAGAAGAAGUGGCCACCGUCCGGGUGUCGGGAACUGGAAAGGGCAUCAGCUUUGAGGAGAAGAAAAAGGUUCUAAUUCAGAGGCAGCAGAAUGGCCUCUUUAUACAAACUGACAAACCUGUGUACAACCCAGGGCAGAAAGUGCAACUCCGCAUUGUCACUUUGACCAGCAGCUUCAUUCCAGUGAAUGACAAGUACUCCUUGGUGGAACUGCAAGAUCCAAAUAACAACAGGAUUGCACAAUGGCUGGAUGUGGUGCCCAAGCAAGGCAUUGUAGACCUGUCCUUCCAGCUGGCGCCGGAGGCGACGCUGGGCACCUACAGAGUGGCUGUGAAUGGGGGCGAGGGCGAGAGCUUUGGCACCUUCAGUGUGGAAGAGUAUGUGCUGCCCAAGUUUAAGGUAGAAGUAGUGGAACCCAAACAGUUAUCAACAGUGGAAGACUCUUUCUUAGUGAAAGUUUGUUGCAGGUACACCUACGGGAAGCCCAUACUUGGGAUAGUGCACGUAUCCGUGUGUCAAAAGGCGCAUACUUACAGGUUUCGAGGGCCAGAAUGGGAACAGCUACCUGACAGAUGCAGGAACAUCUCUGGUUGGGCUGACAAAGCAGGAUGCCUCUCGGCUUCUGUGGACAUGUCCACCUUCAACCUCACUGGGUAUCUUUACAGGCAAGACAUCAAUAUUGUGGCCACGGUGGUGGAAGAAGGGACAGGAGUGGAGGCCAAUACCACUCAGGAUAUCUACAUUUCUUCAGAAGCGGGAUCAAUGACCUUUGAAGACACCGAUAAUUUUUAUCAUCCCAAUUUCCCCUUCAGUGGGAAGAUAAGAGUCAGGGGCCACAAUGGCUCCCUCCUCAAGCAUCAUUCAGUGUUCCUGUUGAUUCACGACAUCCAUGGAACCAUCAUCCAGACCCUGACUACUGACAGCGAUGGCCGUGCUCCCUUCCAGCUGGAUACGGCUCAUUGGAAUGGGAGAGACGUUUCUCUGGAGGGAAGGUUCCAGUUGGAAGAUUUGCCAUAUGAUCCAGAACGAGCCCCUCGUUAUUAUCGCAACGCCCACCUGCACCUGCAGCCCUUCUACAACACAACCCGCAGCUUCCUGGAUAUUAACCAGCUACAUGGCAUCUUGGAAUGUGGCCGGACCCAGGAGGUGCUGGUAGAUUACUACAUAGACCCAGCGGAUGUGAACCCUGACCAGGAAGUCGUCUUCUCCUACUAUUUAACAGGGAAAGGAAAUUUGGAGCUGGAGGGGCAGAAACACCUGAACCUGAACUUUAAGAAGAAAGGACUGAAGGGCUCCUUCUCUCUCCCACUGACUUUCAAUUCCAGACUAGCCCCUGACCCUUCCCUGGUGGUUUAUGCCAUUUUUCCCAGUGGAGGUGUGAUAGCGGACAAAAUUCAGUUCUCCGUGGAGAUGUGCUUUGACAAUCAGGUUUCCCUCGGCUUCUCACCUUCCCAGCAGCUUCCGGGAGCAGAUGUGGACCUGCAGCUGCGGGCAGCUCCCGGGUCCCUGUGUGCGGUCCGGGCCGUGGAUGAGAGUGUCUUGCUGCUUAGACCAGAGAGCGAGCUGAGCAACAGAUCCGUCUAUGGGAUGUUCCCCUUCUGGUAUGGUCACUACCCCUACCAGGUGGCUGAAUAUGAUGAGUGUCCAGUGUCUGGCCCGUGGGACUUCGCACGACCCCUCGUGGCUCCAGUGCCUGAGGAGCGCUGGAGCAGGCCUUCCGUCCUGUGGAGGCCUUGGUUCUCCGAAGGCACAGACCUCUUCAGUUUUUUCCAGGACAUGGGCCUGAAAAUACUGUCCAAUGCCAAAAUCAAGAAACCAGUAGAGUGCAGUCACCGGCCUUUAGCAGAAUACAGCCAUGCUACGGGUAGAGGACCUGGUUUUGCUCGUCCAACAGCUUUUACAACAACUUCAGUUCAGGAGGUGGAUUCUCAGGUUCGACAGUACUUCCCAGAGACUUGGAUUUGGGACCUAUUUCCUGUUGGCAACUCGGGGAAGGAGGCUAUUCAAGUCACUGUCCCUGAUACCAUCACCACGUGGAAGGCCAUGACUUUUUGCACUUCCCAGUCCCAUGGCUUUGGUCUCUCACCCACUGUGGGACUGACUGCCUUCAAGCCAUUCUUUGUGGAUCUGACUCUCCCUUAUUCAGUGGUUCGCGGAGAAUCCUUUCGUUUGACCGCCACCAUCUUCAAUUACCUAAAGAAGUGCAUCAGGGUUCAGACCAACCUGGCUAAAUCAGAUGAGUACCAGGUGGGAUCAUGGCCAGACUCGCAGGCCUCCAGCUGUCUCUGUGCUGAUGAAGCAAAAUCCUAUCACUGGAACAUCACAGCUGUCAAACUGGGUCAUAUAAACUUCACUAUCAGUACUACGAUUCUGGACAGCAGUGAGCUCUGUGGGGGCCAGAAGGGGUUUGUUCCAGAGAAGGGCCGGAGUGACACACUCAUCAAACCAGUUCUGGUCAAGCCCGAGGGAGUCCUUGUGGAGAAGACACACAGCUCACUGCUGUGCCCGAAAGGAAGCGUGGCUUCAGAAUCCAUCUCCCUGGAGGUCCCUGUGGAUGUCGUUCCUGAUUCAGCUAAGGCUUAUAUUACUGUUCUGGGAGACAUCAUGGGCACGGCCCUGCAGAACCUCGACAAGCUGGUGCAGAUGCCAAGUGGCUGCGGGGAGCAGAACAUGGUCUUGUUUGCUCCCAUCAUCUACGUCUUGCAGUACCUGGAGAAGUCCGGGCUGCUGACUGAGGAAAUCCGCUCUCGGGCCGUGGGUUACCUGAAGCUAGGGUACCAGAGGGAGCUGAUGUACAAACACAGCGACGGCUCCUACAGUGCCUUUGGGGAGACGGAUGGAAGUGGAAACACAUGGCUGACAGCCUUCGUCACCAAAUGCUUUGGCCAGGCUCAGAAAUUCAUCUUCAUUGAUGACAAGAACAUUGAGGAUGCUCUUAAGUGGAUGGCGGGAAACCAGCUCUCCAGCGGCUGCUAUGCCAACGUGGGAAAGCUCUUUCACACAGCUAUGAAGGGUGGAGUUGAUGACGAGGUCUCCUUGACUGCCUACAUCACGGCCGCAUUGCUGGAAAUGGGAAAGACCAGAGAUGACCCAAUGGUGAGUCAGGGCCUGCAGUGUCUCAAGAAUUCUGCUUCCUCCACUACCAGCCUCUACACACAGGCUCUGUUAGCUUAUACUUUCUCCCUGGCUGGGGAAAUGGACCUUAGAAACAUGCUUCUUGAAAAGCUAGACCAACAGGCUAUCAUCUCAGGAGAGUCCAUUCACUGGAGCCAGAAACCUACCAGGUCAUCAAAUGCCAGCCCUUGGUCUGAGCCUGAGGCUGUAGAAGUGGAACUCACAGCAUAUGCAUUGUUGGCCUGGCUUAGCAAAGCUGAUCUGACUCAAAAGGAGAUAGCCAAGGCCACGGGCAUAGUGGCUUGGUUGACUAAGCAGCAAAAUGCGUAUGGAGGCUUCUCUUCCACCCAGGAUACUGUAGUUGCUCUGCAAGCUCUUGCCAAAUACGCCGCUACUGCCUACGAGCCAUCUGAGGAGGUCACCCUGGCAGUAAAAUCCACUCCGAAUUUCCAGCGUACUUUCACUGUUCACGCCGCCAACCGGUUGGUGUUUCAGCAGGAGUCUCUGCCCAGGAUCCCUGGAGUGUACACUGUGGAGGCCUCAGGCUUGGGCUGUGUCUAUGUACAGAUGGUGCUGAGAUAUAAUAUUCUCCCUCCUAAAAGUGUGGAGGCCUUUAGGCUUAGUGUGGAAAUAGGGAAAGAUCAAUGCAAGCAGCAAACUUCACCUCGAUCCUUGGCUCUGACGGUCCACACCAGUUAUGUGGGGAGCCGCAGCUCUUCCAAUAUGGCCAUCGUGGAAGUAAAUAUGCUUUCGGGGUUCAGUCCCAAGGAAGGGACCAAUCUGUUACUUCUCCAGCAACCACUGGUGAGGAAGGUUGAAUCUGGAAAUGACAUACUCAACAUCUACCUGGAAGAGCUCAGUAAGGAGACUCAGACCUAUACCUUCACCAUCAGCCAAAGUGUGUUGGUCACCAACCUGAAACCAGCAAUCAUCAGAGUCUAUGACUACUACCUGCCAGAUGAACAAGCAACAAUUCAGUAUUCUGAUCCUUGUGAAUGAGGAUAGAAGACGGAAAGAGACUAAAUUAAUCCUCCACGACAUUACUGGACAACAUUCUUCUGCCUCUUUAAGCAGAACUCAUUCAGUCAAACAAUGUGACCUCUCUUGCUGAAAAACAAAAUACAACCAAUUAAAUUUGAA